AUGAUGUUGGUUGACUUGCCACGAGGAAAUGAGAUACUGAAGUUGAGUGACAAAGCCUUCAAAAAUAUGAAAAACCUGAGAAUGUUAAUUAUUAAGGAUGCCAUAUAUUCUGGAAUCCCCCAACAUCUCUCAAAUAGCUUGAGAGUUUUAAUAUGGAGUGGAUAUCCUUCAGAGUGUUUACCACUUGAUUUUCUCAACUUUCCUUCUGAUUGUCUCAUUUUGAACAAUUUCAAGAAUAUGGAGUGUUUGACUACACUGGAUUUCACUGAUUGUGAAUAUUUGACAGAAGUACCUGACAUUUCAGGAAUUUCAGACUUGAGAAUAUUGUAUCUAGAUAAUUGCAUAAAUUUGAUUAAGAUUCAUGAUUCUGUCGGAUUUCUUGGUAAUCUUGAAGUGUUGGCAGCAACUGGAUGCACUAGUCUAAAAGUAAUUCCAUUAGCCUUCAAGUUGGCCUCUCUUAGAGUGCUCUCUUUCUCUGAGUGCUUGAGGCUUGCGAGGUUUCCAGAAAUAUUGUGUGAGAUAGAAAAUUUGCAUUACCUCAACUUGUGGCAAACUGCAAUAGAGGAAUUACCAUUUUCUAUUGGAAAUAUUAUAGGGCUUGAAUCUCUGAAUCUAAUGGAAUGUGGUAGGCUUGAUAAUCUACCCAGUAGCCUUUUUACACUACCAAGACUAAUGGAAAUUCAAGCUGAUUCAUGCAGAAGGUUUGAUAUUUCUGUUGAGGGUGAAAACCAUGGACAACUGAAAUUAACUGCUUCUUCAAACAAAGUUUGUCUGUAUCUGAGCUCUUGCAAUUUAACAACUGAACAUCUUGUUACAUGUCUCAGUGGCUUUGCCAAUAUGGUAUAUUUGGACAUAUCUUACAAUAAUUUUACAGUCCUUCCAGAAUGCAUUAAAGAAUGUGUUCAUUUGAAGACUCUUCAGCUAAGCAAUUGCAAGCAGCUUCAAGACAUUUUAGUGGUCCCUCCUAAAUUAAGAGACAUUGAUGCAUUGAACUGCACAUCAUUGACAUCCCAGUCAUCAAGUGUACUAUUGAACCAGGCAUUCCACGCAACUGGGCAGAAAACUGUAAUUCUUCCAGGUUCAACGAUUCCAGAAUGGUUUGAUCAUUAUGGCAGUGAAAGAUCCAUAAUCUUUUGGGGUCGUGGAAGGUUCCCAAGAAUCUGUGUGUGUUUUUCUGUUGGAGUGCUGGGGCAUGCACUGCACCGUCUUCAAGCUAGAUUAAGUAUAAUCAUCAACGGCUAUAGAAGAAUGCUGUCCCAAUGUUGUUACAAUUGGUCAAUUGAGACAGAUCACGUGUGGCUAUUUGAUCUAACUGCACUUGUUCGUCAUGAAGAUCUCACUGGAACAUUUGUGAAGAGUGAUUGGAAUCGUGUGGAGAUUGAAAUAGAAAGGAAUGGUUGUAUACUGGGAGAGCAUGGACCAACAGGAAUAAUGGCUUUUGUGAAAUGCUAUGGAGUUCACAUUUACAGGCAUGAAAGUAAAAUGGAGGACAUUUCAUUCUCACAACCCAAGAAUCUACUGGAAAAUAAUACAAAUAAAAGGGUUGGUAAUGAGGUUUUGGAUUCAGUGAAACGCCAGAAGAGAACUUGGAAGCAAAUUCUCAGCGGGAUUGACUCCAUUCCGGAAGAUGAACAAUAA